GAAAGGAAGCUUAGCUCCGAAUGUCAAUUAGUUUUAUAAUUGGGGAAUGAAUGCUUCCAUUCCAUGAAGUCAGGUAUGGUAUGGGUGUGGCUUAUGCUUGCUUGCUUCCUUCCCUUCCUUAUACAAUUGAAAUAGCCCACAUCUUCUUCAUUCAAUACGCUGACCUACUCUUUUCUAUUCUACUCUCUCUGCCAUUUUUCCUGUUGUUCAGAUCUAAAUCUGUCCCCCUCUCUCUCAUGUGACGUAAAACUAAAUCUAAAAAAAAUAAUAAUAAUAAAUAAAUCUCCAUUAGAGAAACCGAACUUUGAAUCUACUUCUACUACAAUGGAGGUCUAGGAGGAAGAGGAGGCAGUGAUGAUGAUGAAUCGGAGGGACUCUUUCAUCGGAGGAAGGAAUAAUAUUCCCAUGUUGGCACAGCACCGGCGAGGUCAAAGUUUAAAUCUCGCGGGAAACAAGGUCGACGCCGCCGAUGAGAACUUGGAUCUGUUCUCAAAGAACCGGCGGAGUCUCUCCGUCACAUCCUCCGACGAAUCCUCAGAUGUUUCGGUGAAAUUGGGGAAACUAUCAGUUGGAUCGGCGAAAGUUUCUCGGAGUGGCAUCGAUGAUCUGUUGUCCUCCACAGACGGAGGAAAGCACGACUACGAUUGGCUACUUACUCCUCCUGGAACUCCAACAAUAUUCCCUUCAUCAGAGGCAAGUGAAUCUAAACCAACCAUAGCAGCUCCAAGAAGCAGUUCCUUAGCCAGAUCAUCUGCUACUACUAAGGCUUCAAGGCUAUCAGUUUCACUAUCUGAGAAUAAUCACCAUUCAAGACCAGCUAGAAGCAGCUCAGUGACUCGCUCCUCAACCUCCACAUCAAUGUAUGGUAACUAUUCCUCAAACAGAUCUGGAUCAAUACUUAACACAAGCUCUGCAUCAGUUUCAUCUUAUACACGACCAUCCUCUCCCAUUACCCGCUCUCCAUCUAGUGCAAGACCUUCCACUCCUUCUAGAGCCCGCCCAAGUCUAUCCAGUUCAUCUGCAGAAAAAAGUCGAUCAGUUCAAAGCUCAAGGCCCUCCACUCCCAGUUCUAGGCCACAAAUCCCUGCAAACUUGAGUUCUCCAGUUGUUAGAUCAAAUUCUCGUCCAUCUACCCCUACUCGUAGGAAUCCAGUAUCUUCUAUCUCUCCAGCAGCAAGUCCUUCAAUUUCAACUGGCCGUGUGCUAUCAAAUGGACGCAAUCCAAAUCCACCAUCCAGACCAAGCUCUCCUGGACCACGUGUUCGGCCUCCUCCUCAGCCAGUUGUUCCCACUGAUUUUUCUCACGACACACCACCAAACCUUAGAACAACUUUACCACCAGAUAGGCCAGUUUCUGCAGGUAGGUCAAGACCAGGUGCUAUAGUCUCAAUGAAGGGAAAUUCAGAUACCACAGCGGCUACCAAUAUAUCAAGAAGGCAUUCAUCACCCAUUGUCACAAGAGGAAGACUCUCAGAACCAACCGGAAGGGUUCGUCAACAUGGAAAUGGACACCUUACUGAUGCUGAAGCUCGGAAGGGCUCCCAUCUUCCAGAUUCAGCAGUGAGGAAACCUGUAAAAACAUCAACAACAUCUGGCGAUGGCAAUGGAUUUGGGAGGACGAUCUCAAAAAAAUCUCUGGAUAUGGCUAUCAGGCAUAUGGAUAUAAGAAGUGGUGCAGGGAACAGUCGGCCACUUACUGGCACCACACUCUUCCCUCAAAGCAUUCGAUCCACGUCCUCAAAAUCCCAGUCGGCUCGUAGUUUGAGUUCUUCAUCGUCUGUCAGCAUCAAUGGAGGGUUACAAACCAGUUAUAAUGGAAUCAUGCUAGAGAAUGAAAAUCAUAUUAAUCGGUAUGUUGAAAAUGGAAUUGAAUCUGAUGCUGGACGACAUUCUGCAAAGUUAAGUGAAGUGGACAUAUAUGAGAGCUCACGAUAUGAUGCAAUUUUGCUGAAAGAAGACUUAAAAAACACAAACUGGCUGCAUAGUAUUGAUGACAAAACAGAUCAAGGGCCUAUUUUUGAUAAUGGAUUCGAAGCUCUGCCUGAACCUUUCGGCCUCUUAUAACAUCUGGAGAGUGGUUUUCUUAAUAUUCUCUUGUUUUCAAUUUUCAAUUUUUUUGAAUGUUCAUUUGGAUGAAAUUAUUUGGUUUCGUUGAUGAAGAAUGGAGUAUGUCAAAUCACUCCAAACAGGAAGAAUGAGAAGGUGGUAUGUGUUUCUGCAGAGAGAUCAAUGAAUUAUUUGUUCUGUAUUUGCAAAUGGUGUUGCAAUGGUGCAAAGUAGAAGAGCUUUUCUGUAGUA